UGAACUAUGGCGCAUUUAGAUGUGAUAUUCAACUCCAAGCAGUACGUGGGCCCCGAGAGUCUUGCGGACUUGUGCUUUAGAACGAUUUGCGACAAUCUUGACAUCAUAUCGAGCAAGGACCCCAGGGGUUACAGGAAUCUGAUCAAAGGAUUGGUCUUUCCGAGUGAAAUAUGCGAUAAAUUGAUCGAGUUUGCACAGAAAAAUGACAAUAUCGAAGGGGAUGAUCGGUUUUUCCAUAUUUUUGAGGAUGUUGUGGCGACGAGGUUGAGACGAGUUAGGGUCUCCCACAGCAACAUCAGUGAUUCGUCCAUUGCUGCCAUCACCAAACAUCAGGUCACUCAUUUGGCUUUUGAGGAUUGCAGCCUCAUCACUAGGGUGGGAAUCGAAUAUGUCAAUAGGAAUUCGCAAAAUUUACAGAGCCUCACCUUCAGGAGAUGCCCCAGGGCCACUCUGCGGGAUCUCACCAAGUAUCUCGAUUUUUCAACAAACUACUUGAAGCGAGGCUACGUAUUUCACACUCCAAAUCUCAAGCACUUAGCUCUCGACUACGCUGAAGUCACCCCAAAGCAAUACCCAAUCCUGCUGGCCGGAUUAACUCGUCUCACACACCUCGAUUUAUCAAAUGCCACGGAUAUUGGGAGCUUCGAAUUCUGUUCUUCAGUCCCCCAUCUGGUGUCUCUUUGCCUUUACAAUGUCAGGAUUCUUGGUGAUGCUAAUUGCUUCGUGGAGAAUAUUAUAAAAUUAAAAGGAUUGAGACACCUCGACUUGUCUCACAGCAGCCACAAGUACAGUUCCUACGAGAACGCCAAUCAGAUAUUGUCAAAACUAGUGUCGAAUCUGCCAAACCUCGUGUCCCUGGACAUAGGUGCUACGAAUCUUGCAGGCAGAGGUGUAGCCGAGCGUCCCAUGGACGGUGAAACGGUGGAUUACGGCCUCUGCGAUAUACAGGGUCUCGCCUGUCGAGUGAACAAUCCUCUGGAAUUUCUGGGGCUUUACGGUACUCGGGAGGGUGCCUGCAGGAGGCAUGACAUCCCAGCCAAAGUCAUUGCAGGCGAUGCCAACGACGAGCAGAUCCUCACCGCCGCUCGCGUGUGCAUGAAUAACAAACCCGAAUUACUUCAGAAAGUCUUGAACGAUCUCUACCAUGUGUUCAGGUAUGAGAGCUGCAAACGCAUGAACCAAGCGUUGUGCAUCGUCCUCGAGGCCAUGGAGAAACACAUCUCCGAGAAGCACAUACAGAUUUCAGGAAGUGCAACAUUAUUCUACAUUGUCAAGACAAAAGAGAAGAGGGGCCUCGUCGCUCAGAUGACGAGACGAAUAAUCGGUACUCUCCUCGCUGGCAUGAACGCCCACAAAGACGAAGAGACUAUGAUGCGCAAUGGGUGUCUGGCACUGUGUCAAUUUCAAAUACCCGACGAUGUCAUGUGGAACUAUGAGACCCUCGUAAAGGUUCUCUUGCACUCAGCAAGACAUGCAGAAUCCGAGGGCUUCGUUCAACGGAUUGGAAUUUACCUGUUGAAUUCACUGGCUUGUCAGGUUGAGGGCAGCAAAAAGAGACUGCUUGGAAAGUUGGGAUGUGUCGAGACAAUGCUUAAGCUUGUCCAGUACAGGGUCGAGUGCAGCAUAUUCGAUGAUGUCCUGGAGGUGGCCUGGUCUACGAUGUGGAAUAUAACUGAUGAAACACCAAUCAACUGUCAGAGAUUUUUAGAUGAGAAGGGAAUGAGCCUCUUCUUGAGAUGUCUUAAGCAAUAUCCACAGAAGGAGGAGUUAUUGAGGAAUAUGAUGGGGCUCCUUGGAAACGUUGCUGAGGUUGCUUGUCUACGAUCCCGAUUGAUGGAACAACAAUACGUAUCAGUUUUUGCUAAUUUAUUGAAGUAUGACAGUGAUGAGAUUGAGGUAUCAUAUAAUGCAACGGGAAUUCUUGCUCACAUGGCAUCAGACGGAGUGGCAGCCUGGACGGUGGAAAGCCCCUCUAGGGAUCAGGUGCUGGCGGCCAUGGUUGCAGCCAUCGAUCGUUGGAAUCUAAUUACCGAGCGGAAUAUAAAUUAUCGAUCGUUUUUCCCAUUACUGAGACUUCUCGAUGCUUAUCACACACCCCAGUGCCAGCACUGGGCCGUCUGGGCACUGGCAAAUCUCACGCAAGUAUAUCCAACAAAAUAUUGCUCUCUGGUGGAGGCUGAAGGUGGCAUAAAAAAGCUGAACAUGUUACUGACUGAUAGUAGACCAUACUUAAGAAUAAAAACCCUCGCAAUGGCCGUAAUAUUAAAUUGUCGUCCAGACAGUAGACCUUGGGAACAACAGGAACACGUGUCAUCGUCCGAUACGAAUUGUAGUCUAGAAGGUUAACAUCAAAUCUUUUAAAAUAUCCCGAUCCCAAUCAAAAUCAAGUACUGGUUACAAUUUUUUUUAUUGUUUAUGCGCUGACCUUGAUAUACUGACAUGUUUCCUAGAGAAAUUAUUACAUCGUUGAGUUGAUUUAGAGAAAUUUAUUUUGUCGUGCAAAUGUAUUAUCGAUUUGGGGAUGUGUCCAUUGUAAAUAUUAUAUUUUAAUUGUGGGGAAAUAAAAUUCAUUCACGAUUUAAGGGAGAACGGGGCUAAUGCGAUAGAAGACAGAAAUAUUCGUUGACGUAGGUGAGGGUCAAAUGCUUGUGAUGCCCAUGUGACUCAACCCUGAAUAUUUCUGAAGGUCAAUAACAUCCUGAGCACUGGUUGACCCUCAACGGGGCACACUUAAGAAUUGUAUCGAGGAUUAAAUAAUGAAGACAGCCUGAAGACGUUAGGGGUUGAGUGUGAAAGGACACGGCACACUCUUAACGGUUGUUUGGUCCUCAAAACAAUCUGAAUAUUCCCUCGUUCUCAAGAUCAAAAGAGCUUGAAAGACGUGUGCAGGUGAAAAGGUAUCGAGGGUGAAACGAUUAUUUUUAUGUAUUUUUAAGGUGUAUCUAACCCUGAAAACCUCACGCGUUCUGAAGACUCGUUUAUCGCUCAAGACAAUUAGCUUGACGUGAAGAGUUAAAGAUCUUCACGCAGGUUUAGACUCGUGGGUCAAGGGGGUACAUGUUGCUCUUUCCCCUCAUCCCUAACUCUUGUUCUCAUUAUCAAUUACCAACUAAAAGUGGCAAUCAAUUAUUGCUAACUACCCUAUAAGUGACUGCUAACGUCGGUUUGGCUGGAGAUGAUGGAUAAACGAAAGCUCAGCCUUAAAACUUAGAAAAUAAAUCACAAAUUGUUAUUGAAAAAUCCUAGUAACUUAUUCUAAUGACUGUUUAGUAUUGUUAGGAUGGAGAUAACCGAGCAGCUAAUGAAACCGAUUACGAAAAAUCAAUUGAUAAAUUUUUAUUUGAUUUACGGAUGGUGGUACUGUCGAUUCAUUGUAAAUAAGGGAUAUUGAGCCGUCGUUGAAUAAAGUGUUGCUUCGGGGGUGUAUGUUUUUGUAUAUCUUAUGAUAAUACUCGCGAUCUAUUAGUUUUCUGUCCCACUGAGAGAAAAAGUUUGCUUUGCCGAAAAAUCGUAUUUUCUGAGGAGACAUAUGUGGUCGAGUCUAAGAGAUCUUCUGAGAACAAUUGAACAACUACAUAGAAGAAUAUUUAAUACCAUUCGAAUUAUCAUUUCGUCCAUAGACAUAUCACCAGGUUUUCAUUAAUUUUGGGGGAUAUUUUUAAUUUGAAAAUUUUUAAUUUAAUAUUAAGAAUUUAAUCAUAUCGAUAUAGAGAGAGAGGUCAGGACAAAAUUGAACGUUUUCAACAGUCACUAAUUCUAGAACUGCACAGAAAAAUCGAUUCUGUGCAGCUUAAUAUCCCGGAGAAUCUCUUUGCGGUCAUAAUUUAUGGUUUUCAAUGUAAUUGCAACUUUGCAUAAUUAUAUAAAAUUGUAUGUAAUUUUAGCUCUUCAGCAGAACGAAUUUUUCUCUCAGUGCAGUCUUCAGAGAUUUUCUAUGACGAUUAUUUGGGUAAUGUAAAAAGUUUGAACCCUUAGAGUUAUCAAGAGUACAUUAUAGAUGAGUUUGAAUAAUAAAAAUGGAUAUUGGUGUAUUGACGAUGGACUAUCGAUAGUUGUGAAUCAAGCCACCGGUUUCAGUAAAAUUUCUGGUUUACUACGUGUUAAA